AUGAAUAGAAUAAUAAAUACUUUUUACCGUAGGUAUAAGAAGAAUACACUCAGAAUAGCGCUAUUCAUAGACAUUUUCAUUAUCUUUACUUUUUCACAGUUAAUUAUUUUGUGGUUUUAUGCUUAUUUAUAUUCUUCCUUUGACGAUAAAAUUGUAGUGGCCGCAAUUUUUACGGCCAUUGGAAAUGUAACAUUUUUAGGAGCACUAAGGGAACAGACUACUAACAAGAGUCUGUUUAACCUUAAAAGAGAAAAAAUAAUAUUCGAUUUUGUUCUCUGCUCGUUGUUACUGUACAUAGGCGUAUUUAGCUACAUGCAUUUAAAUUAA